AUGCCGCCGAAGGGAAAGGACAAAAAGAAAGGCAAGGGCAAAGGCAAAGGCAAGGACAAGAAGAGAAUCCCUUUGGUUCACCAAGGAGCCUAUAGAUUUGAUCAGAUUGGGAAACUGGUUCAUGUUUCCGAAAAAUUAUCAGAGCCCCUGAUAACGUGGAUUGAAAAGCUGAAACAGCAACUGGUUGAAACAAAGGAAAAAGCCCAAGAGGAGAAGGACAAACUGGAACAGAAGUACGCUCUGCAGAUACGUGAGCUGGAGGCUCGGUUCCAUCAGAAAGCCAAAGAAAUUGCCAUGAUUCAUACGGAGCUGAAAACAAUAAAACAAUUCCAGAAGAAAAAAACCCAAGUGGAGAAAGAAUUAGAUGAACUGAAAGAAAAUUUAAGAGUGACCGAGAAGAAACAUCAGGAAACUCUUAGAAGAAUAGAAAGCAGAUUUUUUGAAGAAAAGCACCGGCUAGAACAAGAGGCUGAAAGGAAGGUCGUAUUGCUAGCAGAGAGAGCCCACCAUGAAGCCGUGGUGCAGUUGAAUGCUGUUGGAAGAAAUGUUUUUAAAGAGAAUGUUUAUCUCCAGAAGUCUCUUGCAUAUCACCUUAAGGAAGUUGAUACUCUACGAAAAAACUCUGAGAAUUUGAAAGAGAGUCAUACCAGCCUGUCACAUCAGAAGGAGAUCAAUGAUCUACUGAUCAAGGAGAAGAUUAUGCAGCUAACCCAGCAAAGAGCACAAAUUCACCUCCUUCAGAAGAAGGUAGUCAGCUUGGAGAAUGCUCUGAGUUUCAUGACCAGAGAGUUUGAGACUGAAGUUUUGAAAGUGAAGCAAGAGGCAACAAUAGAAAACCAAGCAGGUCAGGUAGAAAUUGACAAGCUGCAGCAGCUUCUUCAGAUGAAGGACAGGGAAAUGAACCGAGUGAAGAAGCUGGCCAAGAACAUACUGGACGAGAGAACGGAGGUGGAAAGUUUCUUUUUAGAAGCCCUGCAUGAUGUGAAGCAGCAGAUCCUGACCAGCAGGAAACAUUACAAGCAGAUAGCACAAGCUGCUUUCAACUUAAAAAUGAGAAUGGCGUGUGCGGGAAAAACACAGUACCCCCAGAUCAGGACAUUUGGUGGCAGAGAGCACAGCACCAACAGUGUGAAUCAGGAUCUUCUGGAGGCUGAAAAGUGGUAUGGAUAA